ACAGGAUCUUAUCUGCUCGCUUUCUUUAUCUGUUUGAAUCGCACGUGGAAGGAGCAAGGUUCUACUUCACAGCCAGAAAGCUUCUAAUCACCCACCAGGACUCACUUUUGCCGAUGCUUCAACAUUCCAAUGAGGGUGCAUAACCUCUCCAAAGAAGUGACUCAUCCAGUUUACCUGGUUCUUAAUGGGAGUACAGAUGUGGCAGUGCUACAGAGCACUGGGGCAAUAGACAAUUGUACUGAGCCCGGAACAGCCUUCCAUCACUACCUGUACGCUGUCAUUUACACCCUCGUCUUCAUCCCAGGCCUCCUGACCAACAGCGUAGCCCUUUGGAUCUUGUGCCGCUUCCUGAGAAAGCAAAACAAAACCAUCAUCUUCAUGGUCAACUUGGCCACCGCCGACCUGGCUCACGUGCUCUCGUUGCCUCUGCGGAUAUAUUAUUACAUUAACUACAGGUGGCCGUUUGGGAAAUUCCUUUGCCAGUUAUGUUUCUACCUGAAGUAUCUCAACAUGUACGCCAGCAUUUGCUUCCUCAGUUGCAUCAGUGUGCAGCGGUGCUUCUUCCUGCUCCACCCAUUCAAGGCCAAAGACUGGAAAAGAAGGUACGACGUGGCUAUUUGUGUCAUCGUGUGGGUUGUGGUCGGAGCAGCCUGUUCUCUCUUCCCCUUGUUCAGAAGCGUGACAAAUCCCGAGAAAUGUUUCACCGAGCUGCCCAUCAAGAAGAUCGGCAGCGAAACCAGUUCCAUCAUGGUGGUGAUAGUGGCCGAAGUUGUUGGGUUUCUGGUCCCUCUCGGCGUCAUCGUCUAUUGCACCUGGAAGACGAAAACCUCUCUCCAGGAAAGCCACAUCCCUCUGCAGAAUGCUACCGAGAAGCAGAAGGCGUUACGGAUGGUUGCCACGUGCGCCAUCGUGUUCUUCGUCUGCUUCACGCCCUACCACAUCAUGUUUUUCUUCUUCAUGAUGGUGAAAGAGAAGCUGAUCACAAACUGUGCCGCCAGACGGACCAUCCUGUACAUCCACCCCUUUUGCUUAAGCCUCGCAAGCUUCAACUGUUGCUUCGAUCCAAUCCUCUAUUUCUUCACCACGUCCGAAUUCCAGGAUCAGAUAUCGAGACACAGCAGCUUGGCCAUCAGGAAUCGUUUGAUGAGCAAGGAAAGCGGCUCGUCCGUUAAGGAAGAAAUACGUUGGACUUCAAAUUAGUCCACGAGUCGUGAAUGCAGGAGGUUGUCUUAUCCCAAGGCAGGCCACUGCUCCAGGCCAAGCUGUUGUCUACGUCAGUGGUGUUGAACCUCUUUCAGCCCUUGGGCUGAAUGCCAUAUUGGAGAAGUCCUCAGGGGCCACGUUCCAGUGGAAGGCAAAAGGGGAGGACCAAAAUUACCCCCAAAUACCAGCACAUUAAAGCUUAAAGCUCUGACUGCCAGUACGUAAGGCUUAGGAGAAGCAUUUCAUCCUUUUAGAAUGGGGCAAAAUGCUCAAAA